GCGCACACGUUUCCUGCUCUGCGAUGCACACGCACGCGCCCCCCGCUGCACGAACGUGCGUGAAUCAUCGCUUCAUUCCGCUGCUGAUCGCCGGAGAGGUGAGACGUCUCCGCAGAGCAGUGAUCGUACCUUUCCUCCGCUGACAGACGAUGAGUCUCGUGCUCCUCCUGCUCGCCGCGUUGACCUCAGUCGGCGCGGCGGCCCCCGAGCUGGACCUCCUGUACCCCGAGCUGGAGCUCUCCAGGACCAUCUACGUCACAGAGGAUGGACCCCGCCUCUCCGUGGCUGCCGAGCAGCUGACGGUGGCGUCGCGGCGAGGAGGCAACGCCACGCUGCCGUGCCGGAUCCAGAUGGACCAAUCGCUGACUCCCAGCCGGAAGAUGAGGAUCAAAUGGACCAAGAUGACGUCAGACUACCUGAAAGAGGUGGACGUGUUCGUCGCCAUGGGCGACCACAAGAGGAGCUACGGCAGUUUCCACGGACGCGUCCACCUGCGGGGCUCCUCCCCCUUGGACGCCUCCCUGGUCAUCACAGAGAUCACCCUGGAGGAUUAUGGGAGAUAUAAGUGCGAGGUCAUCGACGGGCUGGAGGACGGAACCGUGGUCGUGUCCCUCGACCUGGAAGGCGUGGUCUUCCCGUACUCCCCCCGUCUGGGCCGCUACAACCUCAACUUCUACGAGGCGGAGCGGGCGUGCCGGGCCCAGGAUGCCGUGGUGGCGUCCUUCGAGCAGCUGCACCGGGCGUGGCGAGGGAAGCUGGACUGGUGCAACGCCGGCUGGCUGAGCGACGGCUCGGUGCAGUACCCCAUCACCGCCCCCAGGGAGCCCUGCGGGGGCAAGAACACGCUGCCGGGGGUCCGAAACUACGGCCUGAGGGACAAAGACAAGAACCGCUACGACGUGUUCUGCUUCACCGCCCACUACAAAGGUCGGUUCUACUACCUCAUCCAUCCCUCCAAGCUGACCUACGACGAGGCCGUGGCGGCGUGUCAACAAGACGGCGCUCAGAUCGCUAAGGUCGGCCAGAUGUUUGCCGCCUGGAAGCUGCUGGGCUACGACCGCUGCGACGCCGGCUGGUUGGCUGACGGCAGCGUCCGUUACCCGGUGUCCCGCCCCCGCCGGCGCUGCAGCCCCACGGAGGCCGCCGUCAGGUUCGCCGGCUUCCCCGACAAAAAGCACAAGUUGUACGGCGUCUACUGCUUCAAGGGCCAGAACUGAGCGACACACACACGCACGCACGCACACACACACACGGACACACACAGACACACACGCGUGUGGACAAAGAGACCCGUGAGAAACCAUUCAAACUGUGGUGCUUUGUUUCUGAUUGCCUUUUAAAAUCAGUUCACACAUAUUUAAGGUGUAUUUUGUUUAAUCAAUGCCUUUGGGGGGGGGGGGGUCUGUCAUAUCACGUGAUCAAAAGGCCUCCUCGCGGGACGCCGCCCUCCGGUGUUUGAUGUCGUCAUUAACGAGCCUGUCGGACCAAACUCCAGCUUCUUUAUGUUUAGUAGAACGUUAUUAUCUAGAAAUGUACUUUUGUUUACAAAUGUUUUUUUAUUAUACUGAGAUAUUUACUUAAUUAAUUCUUUGUCUUAUCGGCCAAAACAAUCUGAGCCUCACGAAGCAGAAACCUUAAAACAGAAGAAGCAACGAAGAAGAAGAAGAGAGACCACAAAGAAGAGUAAUCAGAGCAGCAGUAGAAAAUCUCUCUUCCUGUUUCUCUGCACAGCAUGAUUAGCUUAGCACAUGAUUAGCUUAGCACAAAGCAGCGCGCACGCCCCAUCUAUCCGCCUGCUAUUUUUAUACUUAUAGUGGGAGGGAGUCACGUCCCCGUACGUGACCCCACUGAAAGAAUAACAUCUAAAUCCAGCUUCAUCACGGUCUGUCCUUUGAAAGUUUAGGAUGUGAAAAGUUGUGUAUCGGCGCCUUGACUCGGCUCCGCCCCUUAAUCUAACGGGUCCUUGCUUGGAUUGGAUCUUUAAUCAAGUGUCGUGAAAAUCAAACCAGUAAAUGUAAACUAAUUUAAAAAAUGACAUCAAAACAGUUUUGGCAAGGAAGUGGCUCCAUGGAGAAGUUCCUCCAGAGUUCCUCCAGUGUUCCUUCAGAGUUCUUCCAGAGUUCCUCCAGUGUUCCUGCAGUGUUCCUGCAGUGUUCCUCCAGUGUUCCUCCAGUGUUCCUGCAGUGUUCCUCCAGUGUUCCUCCAAGUGUUCCUGCAGUGUUCCUCCAGAGUUCCUCCAGUCUUCCUGCAGAGUUCCUGCAGACUGCUGGGAAUCAGCAUCCAAACCUUCGUCUAGGUUUUCACUGAAGAUCAGCGUGAUGAUGUCAUCACAAUGUUUGUGUAAAGUCCAAAACGUUGUGAAAGUCCACAGCUGGACCUCAAGUUACAGUAUUUAUAGACAUGCAUGAACAUCUUGUAAAAUACCUUUUAUCUACGUGUUCUUUAACUUUUCUUUGUUUGUUUCUUUUAGUAGUUAUUUAAACACAAAUAAAGAUCUCAUCCGAAACAUAA